ACCCGUCAGUCAGUGAUGGCCGUGUCCGCGUCCGUGGUCUUUGUGCUUUUAGAGGGUUCCKUCGUCACUAACGCCGCCGCAGCUACCGCCGCCGCCGACACCACCUCCGACACACACUGCACCGCUGUUGUUGUUGGUUGACGAUUUUUAAAUUGUUUCGCCAGUCGUCCAUAUAAUAUUACACACGUCUCACGAACGCGAUCGCUAAUUGUAUAAUAUCGUACUCGUAGUCUACACUGUUUAUUGUUGUAAUUUUUUUUUUAAAUCAUUAUUCGCAUUUGUAAGUCGAUCGUUUCGUAUGAUAAUAAUAUAGUGUUUGUUUUUCGAGACUGUUUACGCGCGAGUCUUUAUUAAAAAUAUUGUUACGUCUACGAAUUUUUUAAUUUGUUUUAAGAUUUUGAUUCUCGCGAGACGAGUCAUGUCUGACGAUUAUCAGUGCUGUUCGUGAUUAUUAGACGCGAAUUUCCGUCUUCCGCGCKCUUUCGGAAGUUGCGUAUCCCACGCUUCAUCGUGUCUUACCUGGAGGAAGUAUCCCACACGUCGCAAAAGCCACCAGACUUAAGUAACACCAUCAAGAUCAUGACCAGAAGGAAGCAACACUGCCCCAAAAGGAUGAAAUGGGAAGGUGGUGAAGGUGAAGAGCCGCCAGCGGGCUAUCAGGAAGACGACGGUGGAUGUCCGGAAGACGAUGAGGACGAAGAGGAAGAAGAGGAGGAGGGCGUGUCCGGCGGAUCGUCCGGCUCGCCGCCCAGGUCUCCAAUCCCGUCGAGCACGGACGUCGAACAAGACGCGGCAGUCGCUAAUGAGCGUUUGCCUCUGAGAGAAACAAACAGUCCGUCUAAAAUGAGUAGAGGAUCGCCGAGGAGCGAGUCCAGUCUUCCGCCUUACGAAGUCCCUUUGUUGGCAACCGUGUCUCCSGGACGUUCGCCACCGUCAUCGGACGUGCUGGACUUCAGUACGAAAAGGCCRGCCAGCCCACCGGCUUCUUCCCAUCCUGCAGCUAUGAACUUCAGCAGCAGCAACGAUGACUCGCCGAUCGAUCUAACCAUCAGAAGCAAGAAAAUAAAACUCGACCCGUCGCCCGUAUCGCCAUCCGCUGAUGCAUACAACCGGAUGAGCAGGCCGUGGGCACAGUACAGUACACCGGUGAUCAAGCCCAUAUCCAGGGGUGAGAUGAUGACGCCGCCUAGCGACACGGUUCACAUGUGGAACGGAAAACACGGCAAACUGACGUACGGAUCGUUCCCAUCAGCGGCCAGCGACGCUACCAAGGCGUUGGAGAAGAUGUGCGAACUAAGCAAACUUCAAGACGAACCGAGAUCAGUGCUAGCGCCCAGUUCGGGACGGCAUAGCGCGUGGCAGUCGCACUGGCUGAACAAAGGAGCCGACCAGACCAAAGACGUGCUCAAGUGCGUCUGGUGCAAGAUGAGUUUCCCCACGCUGCAGGCCAUGUCGACGCACAUAGCCGAGACCAAACACGGCGCCGCUUCCGCUCAAAAUAUCCAACCGCCUCCACCCCCACCACCGCCGCCCGUGUCCACGUCUUCCGGACACAAAAAUGAUCUCAACAUGUUGAUCAAGGAAACAAUGCCRCUUCCCAGGAAGUUGGUGCGGGGCCAGGACGUCUGGCUAGGAAAGGGCGCGGAGCAGACUCGACAGAUACUCAAGUGCAUGUGGUGCGGCCAGAGUUUCAGGUCGCUACAGGAGAUGACCACGCACAUGCAACAGACGCAACACUAUACCAACAUCAUUUCACAAGAGCAGAUCAUAUCGUGGAAGUCCGCGGAUGAGAACAAGUCGUCGAGUGGAGGUAGCAGCAACGCGAGCGCCGCGUCCACAAGCUCGCCGGCCGGCUCGGUGAACACGUCCGCCAAUCACGUCAGUGCCGUGCUCACGUGUAAGGUGUGCGAUCAAGCGUUCAACUCGCUCAAAGAGUUGAGCGUUCACAUGGUGAAGAAUGCACAUUACAAGGAGCACAUGAUGCGUUCGAUCACGGAGGGUAGCAACAGGCGUCGGCAGACGCGUGAGAAGCGGAAGAAAUCACUGCCGGUGCGCAAACUGUUGGAGCUGGAACGAGCUCAGCACGACGUGAAGAACGGCGACGGAGGAUAUCCGACGUCCGGUGGUGGGUUUAAGGCUGUCAACGAUACCAACCACCGACUGGGCAGGAUAAUCUGCGAGAAGUGCGGUGAAAAAGUGGACGUGGCCAGCUUCAUGGAGCACUUGCGGGUUUGCGUGACGAUGACGACGGACCAGAAAAAUCUACUGAAGACCGCGUUGAUGUCGCAGAACUCGAUGUCGGCGACAGUGGCGGAAUCGGGCCGGGAGAAAAAACCGAAGAAGGAGCAGGACAGAUCUCACGCGGCGGCCGACCUGUCGAUGAACAAACCGACCGCAGUCGCAGCCACCACCGGUUCGUCGUCGCCGUCAGUGCUCAACGCUAUCGAGAAGUUGAUCGAAAAGAGCUUCGACUCGAGGCUCCGUUACGGAACGUCGGCCACGGGCGCUUCGAUCGGCGAGAGCAUACUCAAGCGUUUGGGCAUUGACGAGAGCGUGGACGCCACAAAGCCCAUAAUGGACGUGCAAGCGAUGAGCUUGUUGCGCAGCUAUCAGUCACUGGGUCGACACGAGCGGAGUGGAAGUGAGUCGAGCUCCAUGUCACCCGAAUUGGCAGCCAUGCGAAGCGAUUCGACCACGCCGGACCGCAAAUACGAACCAACCGAUUACCAGCGCAUGCGAUCGUUGACGCCAAAGUCGACUCCCGAACGACACARCUCGCCCAAGUCGUCGUCGUCGUCAUCCGGCAAAGGAGGUCAGGAGAUCGCUGUCGGUGUCGAAGUCAAGGCCGAACCGACUGGCGGGCCCGACGAAGGUUGCGUCACCGGUGACUUUGAAGUGAAGAAGGAAUAUGUGGACGAAGACGAAGUAGCGGCCAAGAGCCCGGCAGAACGGAGGACAAGGAGCCGGGAAUCGGCCGAAGGUUCUGUGGCGGACGAGACGAACGGAUCGAGCCGGGGCCCGACGCCCACCAAUGUCAAGAGCCCGCCGAGUCCGGCCGACAGUGACAGGUCCACCACGGACAACGGAAAGAAGACGCCGGUCACGUCCAGCAGCCUGGGCGCGCUGUCUUCGAUGUUCGAGAGUCUGACAUCGGCUGCCAACGGCGGAGGCGGCGGUUCGUCGUCUUCCGCUAACGGCGAUGGCGGAGGCGGUGGCAAGAGUGGUGGUGGCGCUAGCAGCCACCCUCUGGCCGCUCUCCAGAAGCUCUGCGACAAGACGGAGAACCACCACCACCCGCACAACCAUCAUCACCACCACCGGCCAAGCAGCCGUUCGUCGUCCAACGCGUCCGCCACCAACGGGGCGCCCGCGCAAUCCAUGUCGCCGCCCGCGUCCAUCACGGGAGCCACCGCGCCCGGUGCGAUCUUGGCCUUUAGCUGGGCGUGCAACGACGCCGUCGUCACGGCCGACUCGAUCAUGAAGUGCGCUUUUUGCGACACGCCGUUUAUAUCGAAAGGCGCAUACCGGCAUCACCUGUCCAAAGUGCAUUUCGUCAAGGAAGGCAUCACGCCCGAACCGAUCAUGCUGAAACCUGCCUCGUCGUCUUCGGCCGCCGCCGCUUCCGGCCACCAACAGUCUUCGUCGUCGUCCACGGCUCAUUCGCCUUCGCCUUCGCCGUCUUCCUCUUCGCAACACAAGUCGUCGCCAAAUCACAACAAUAAUAACAACAACAGUAGCAGCAACAAUAACAACAACAAUGGGUCGCCGUCGACUUCGGCCGGUGCGGGUGGCGUCAAGAGUCCCGAAGCCAAAAAUGGUGGUGGUUACGAUGAGAGUCCGCAUUCGAAAUUCCUCAARUAUACAGAGUUGGCCAAACAGCUGUCCAGUAAAUACGUCUAGUCAACGCGACAACGCACAUUUAACGGGCGUUCGUUAUUACAAGCACGGUGUAUACGAUUGAUGACGUCGUCGUCGCGGUACCUAUAUUAUAUUAUAAUAUUAAUUUGUAUCAUACACAUAUUGUUGAUUUCACUAUACAUUAUCAUAACCGACGUACGUCCGUUUUAUCGGUUUCAAAAAUAUUGUUCUCGCGCGACAACUCCCCUGUACAUACGACAUAAAGAUUCCCGAACGUUUAUAUUAUUAUAUACACUCUCCCCGCAUAAAAUACAUUAUUAAACGUCUAAAUUUUUAAUUUCUUCACUAUUACUCUAACCACCUACAACUACGACUACCAAUACUACAACCACUUCUACUACUACUACUACUACUACUACUACUACUACUACUACUACUAUUACUAAAUAUUAAUUAUAGACGUCUAGCGCGAUGAAAAGAAAAAGAAUGAUAUUUUUCAAUAUUAUUAUGUACUUAAUCUUCCAUUUAUGACGUAUGCGAAUUGUGCCGUCAAACCCAUUACCUAAAAUACAAUUGUAUACGCGUUAGGAAAAUAUGAGAAAAACAAUGAGUUGUUUUUUUAUUUUUAUUUUGUUAAACAAUUUUUAAAAGAAAAAUAAUUCGCGAAAAUUAAUAUAAUAUAUAUAUAUACAUAUUGUAUAUUAUUAUUAUUACUAUUACUAUAACAAGAUACGCGAACGAAUGAUGUCCUUUAUAUUAUCAUGUAUACGCGUUUAGUCGAUAAUAUUAUUAUAUUAUUGUCCGCGUCGUUAGACUAGCAACUCUUAUUGAAUAAUAUGAUAUAUAAAAAAUGUUAAAUUAUUUAGUACGAUAUAAUAUGUAACACUAUUACGUUUACGAUACGUUUAUGCUCAUACGCUAUGUAAGUUUCCUGUGUUAAAAACGGAUGUAACUUUAAGGAUAAAACAUUUUAAAAGGCUGUCACGUCAACUAUGUAUAACGAUUAAUGCUUAAGUGUAGAGUUAAUUAUUUUAAUCGACUAUAGGUUAAGGAUGUAUUCAUUUUCCGGUUAGACGUUUCCGUCUCGCGGAAACCAUUCCACUUUGAACUAAACAAUAUUUAUAUUAUUAUAUACAAAAUUAAGCAUAAAUAAAAACCCCAUAAAAAAAAAAACAUACAUGUAUACUUAAAAUAUUGUUUUUUGAAAAUAUUACACGUCGCGUUCCUAAUCCGACUCAUUUUGUUUGCGUUCGGCCACAGACAAAACAAUUAUUAAUAACUAUAAUUAAAAACGACGGUACCUAUACCCAAUGAUCGGUUUCGCACACUAAAAUUUUAAUAUUUAUUCAACCCGUUCCCCGAAGCACUUGAUUUUUUUGUAUUAUUAUAUAGUUAUACUACCU